CCGGGCUCAGCCACCCCGUGUCUCCCCGUCAGCGGCAGAUCCCGCGCACCGAGCGAGGCUGGCCCUGGCCUGCUCAUGUCCUCCGCCCUGGGGCCGCUCGGCUGUGUGGGCGCAGUAGCCGGUUCCCCGGGAUAACCCGGCCCGACGACGGGUUUAAACUAACACUGGAACCCUCUGCGAAAUCAUCAUGAUUCUCCAACAGCUAUUCAGAUUUUCCUCUAUUUUCCGCUCUGCCAUCUCAAUACACUUGCGUAGGAACAUUGGCCUUUCUGCUAUAGUGUUUAAUAAGGCAAAGGAACUUGAUCCAGUUCAGAAGCUCUUUAUAGACAAGAUCAGAGAAUACAACGUGAAGAGCCAGAAAGCCGGUGGUCCAGCUGAUGUAGGCCCUGAAUACCAGAAAGACAUGGCUGAAGAAAUUGCCAAAAUUCAGCGGUUGUAUGGUGGGGGAGACCUGACCAAAUUUCCAGACUUCAAAUUUGAAGAGCCCAACUUUGAAGAGUCUCAAAAAUGAUGUGGUUGACGUCUGCAUUCCAAGCACUGGUGUCAUCUUUCUCAUGGAGUUGUUAAAUAGGCCAGCAGUUGUAAUUUAAUGUGGAGUUUCACUUUCAAAUACUUGUUUGACUUCUGAACUCAAUACAGUACAAGUAUAACAUGAGCUGCCAUAUUCAUAAAAUUCACUUUUGGAAAUCAAAUAUAAAGUGCUUAGUCCUUUAUCCAGUGUUUAAACACUAUUUACUGAGAUGACAUUUCAGUAUCCAGAUAAAACCAAAUGACCACUUGAGUGCAAAAUACAGUUAUGUUAAUGAUGAUACCUUUCCUAUUGAAAAGAACUGCGCUUCCCUAAAUUUUAAUCAUGUCACUGAAAUCUUAUAAUACAAUAAAGCCUGCAAGUAUGGCAUUAUUGUAUGCAUGUGAUCAUUCUAUGCUACAUUAUUGCAAUAGUGAAAUUUUAUUUAGACAUAUCCAGGAACUCAAACAUUACAGCUCAUCCUCCAGUUGUGCAGGGCCCAUGAGCUGAAGUGGACUGACUUUUAUAUAAUCUUGGUGCACCAGAACAUUCUUGAAGAGGCUAUCCUGUUCUUUUAAAUGAAAAACUUGAGGUUUUGGGGGAUAGUUGAGUACUAAAGUUUCUAGUCUGUUCCUGAAGACCCCAUCAAAAUAUGAAAAACUUAGACAGGACUGAACUUGAAUAUCUGAAACACCAACAGAGGUUUGAACUACUUAUCAAUAUUGCUCAUUUUACAGCUGCUCAAAGUACAGGGAGAGAAAUGAUCACAGUGAGCUGACUUAUCUGAAUGGCAUUUGAUACCAAGGAAACAAGAAACUGAGCAUUUUGCAAUCUUGGUAACAUCUCAUUUUUGUACCUGGUGCAGAUUCAUUACGCUUUUUUCCCUCAAUUCAACCGUUGAUAGGAGUACAGGACUUACAUUACUGUGAUAUAUCAAAGGCAGUCAGUAAGGUCAAAGUGUAGAGUUUCAUCUUUACCUACUAUUACUCCAGAAUGCAGAGUAUAUACCUACUGUUUGCCUUCCUCUGUCACAGUAGUUUAAUGAUCGUUUUCCUAUAGUUUGUCAGGGAAACUUUUCAGGGCUAAGAUUAAGACUUUCUAUGAAGUUUCAGUCGCCCAUGAAACUGAAAAAUAUUUUCAUUUAUAGUACUGUUAGAUGUAUGCACUCCUAGCUAAGAUUAAAAAGUAGGAUUGUUCCUUUAAGUGAA